AUGUGGACUCGGCACGAAGGCUUCCAAAACUUCGUGUGGAGUCAUUGGCAUGGAGAUAUCUCAAACUCUCUUAUGGAGAACCUCAGUUACAAACUGAGGAAUCUCAAACUUCAUCUUAAAUGGUGGAACCGGCAUGUAUACGGGAAUAUCCACACCCACGUAGAAGAGUUGAAGAAGGAGCUAGCUGGGGUCGAGAGAUAGCUGCAAGCUCGAUGGACUGACGACACUUGGGCGAGACGAGUUCGAGUGAGUGAGCAACUAGAGGAGGCUGCGCGACGACAGGAGAUAUAUUAUCUCCAAAAAUCACGCAUCUAGUGGCUACACGAGGGUGAUAGGAACACACGUUUCUUUCAUGCCUUGAUCGCACACCGAUCUCGAUCUGAUUAUACAUCUCUUCUAGAGAUGUAUGAUCAAGGCACAUCUCGUCUGCAGGAGGUAGGAAUUGCAUACUUUCGUACCUUUCUUGCUUCCCAACUGAUUGAGAUCUCUGAGGAUAUACUCUCAUCGAUUCCAUCGUUAGUUACCCACCAGGAGAUCUCAUCCAUUAUGACCAUACCUACUAGGAAGGAGAUCAAAGAUGCGAUCUUCUCAAUGAGUAGAAACCGAGCACUUGAGCCUGAUGGUUUUCCAGCAGAUUUCUAUUCAACAUGUUGGGACAUCGUCAGAACAGAUUUAGUUCAUGCCAUCAAAGAAUUCUUCCGCUGCAAAAUCUUCCCACGAAGUUGGAAAGCCACCUUUAUUGCACUCAUACCAAAGGUGGUCAACCCAACUUCUUUUAGAGGUUUUUGGCCCAUCAGUCUUUGUAAUGUGUGCUAUAAAGUUGUAUCCAAGAUCAUUACAACAUCUGAAUGUUUUUCUUAAUAGUCUCAUAUCUCUAGAACAUUGCAGAUUUAUUAAGGGACGGCACAUUCAUGAUAACAUCAUGCUAGUUCACGAACUAGCACAAUCUCUUGACCAGGACAUCUGUGGUUCCAACGUCAUCAUCAAAUUAGACAUGGAAAAGACUUUUGAUAGGAUCGAGUGGAAUUUCCUGACCGAAGUGUUUUGACGCUUCAGAUUCACCGACGAGUUCAUUGACCUGGUCGAUGCAUGCAUUAGGGAGAACCAUUUCUCCCUAUUGGUGAAUAGCACAUCCACACCUUUAUUCACGGCCACGUGAGGGUUAUGGUAGGGUGAUCCCCUAUCACCCACUCUCUUCAUAUUGGUUGAAAAAGUCCUUAGUCGAACCCUCUCCCGAGCAGUGACACGUGGGCUUAUCCAACCAUAUCAUUCAAAGAGGGGUUGCCCGAUCAUAUCGCAUUCUUUGUUUGCUGAUGAUGCGAUACUUUUCCUUAAUGGAUGUGAAGCGUCCAUUAGGGGACUCAUGACUAUCAUCUCGAGCUACGAGCGGGCCACAAGUCAACUCGUCAAUGCCUCAAAAAGUAGCUUUAUGGUGGCAUCUUCUGCCACCAUUAGCACCAUACGAUGUAUACAAAACCUAACAGGGUUCUCGCGUGGUCAUCUACCCUUUAAUUACCUUAGAUGCCCCAUCUUCCUCGGAUGCACUCGGGUUCAUUACUUUGAUUCCCUUUUGUGCAAGUUGAGGAAGAAACUUGACGGAUGGAAGCUUCAACUUCUAUCCUCAGGCGGUCGCAUCCAAUUGAUACGCCAUGUCCUCAUGAGUAUGCCCUUGCACCUACUUGCGGUACAUGAGGUACCAGACACCGUCUUACGAUAUGUGAGGCGGAUUUGUACCUCCUUCUUAUGGGAUGGUCAACUCGACGAGCCUCAUCGUCAACGCCGAGUUUCUUGAGAGAAAGCAUGCCGACCGAUGGAUGAGGGUGGCCUAGGGAUUAGACGCCCUGAAGAUAUCCUCAAUAUGCUUCAGAAGAAACUCGUAAGGCAGAUGAGGACGACAAGAUCACCCCUAGGGACCUUUGUGCUAGUCAAAUACGGCGAUUGAGCUAGCCAACUGACCGACAUAAAAGGAGGAAAGUGAUGGGCAGAUUGGCAAAGACAUUGGUUGCAGAUGAGGCCUUUAAUCCGAUGGCGAGUGGGACGAGGCACUAUCAGUGCUUGGUAUGACACUUGGCUUGUGGAUACUCCCUUGGCCUCCUUUACCUCUUUUAUGUCAUCCUGACCUCGUCUCAUGGUGGCUCAGCUUCUCGAUGGAGAUACUAAUGUAUUCCUCGAGAGGCAUGGACUCUCAUUAGAUUUACUACCAAAGAUCUCGUUGAUAGAGUUGGGCCCUAAUGAUGAUCAUCCCAUCUGGACUCUUACCCUAGAUGAGAGUUUUUCUUGUAGUUCUUGGAAUUACUUUAGAAAUCGUUCCGCAAAACAGUUUUGGAGAUAUCUCAUUUGGCAUCCUACUAUCGUACCUCGAGUCUCUUUCUUUAUAUGGAAAUCGAUGCACCGCGGACUUCCUACGGAUGAUCGUAUGUCCAUCACAAGACAUAACAUCUGUUCUAAGUGUCAUUGUUGUCCCAUCACUUUGAGUAAUGAAACUAUGGGCCACUUAUUUUUUCAUAGUGUUAUUGCUACGGAAUGUUGGAACUAACUCUUACUGAAUUGGUCCCCAAUAUUUCAUCCUUCUCCAUCUCUUACACCCCUAUAGAUUUUUAGGAGAGUCUUUGAUUCACUACAAAGCUCUAGGGGCAGCCCCUACCUACGUAUUUCCAUAGCAUAUAUGUUAUAGGAGAUAUGAAAGGGGCGAAAUCUCUCUUGUUUUGUAGGUCACCAGAUGCAUGCACCAGAAAUCAUGAGACACGUCACAUAAUGGCUGUGAAGUACCCAUCCUUUGGUGUCGCCUUCAGCAACAUGCUCGGCCUCAAUCUAUGAGGCCCUUAGGACUUGGGGAGUCCAAGCCAUGCCUACGCGUAUAGAGAUCUCCACUUGGGUCAUCCGAUGGAGACUGCCGCCAGUUGGACACCUGAAGUUGAACGUCGAUGGAGCAGCCCGAGUGAACUUUGGACCUGCAGAAGGAGGAGACAUCCUACGGGAUCAUAUAGGGAGUAUUAUCUUUACCUUCUCUUAUUUUUAUAACAUUCAAACUAACACUGCAACAGAGGCUAUGGCAAUACGUGACGGUUUGCUCCUCUGUGAGGAACGCAAUCUCCAUGAUAUCGUCGUAGAAUCUGAUUCACGAGUCCUUGUUCAGAUGCUGUGCAGGUUCUUGUUCCCAUUGGCGGCUUAAGAGUACUUGGACCGACAUCAUGCGUUGUCGAGCAAGGAUCAGUGCCAUUAUACACCAGUUACGUGAUGGGAACCAGACAGUAGACGCGCUCGCUACACAUGUAGUAUGCACUCGUUUGUGCUCUGUAUUCUCCUCUUGGCAAGAGAUGCCGCUUGAAGCUCGAGGUUGACAUCGCUUAGAGUAGAUCGGCAUGCCAGCACUUCGUAUAUGACGAACACGGAGACCUGUCGCCCCCUGACAGUGGCAGAUCACCUGGACCAACCCCCAACCAGCACACGACCUAGCAUACGCAGCACCACCAACACAAAGCUAUCCUCGCACUAUGGAUGGGAGGAUUUCGCAACAAUCUCAACCGAGAUGAUCAACCUUGGUCGUGUCUACCACUUCAUCUUUCAUUUACCACUUUCCAAAGAGAACUAUCUCUUGUCUCCCCUAGAUCUCACUAUGAGGCUCGGGGAUAAACAUUCUCUCAACAUCAAUAUAAUCAAACUUUAAACCAAAAAAAAAAAACCCUAAAACCCUAAACCCUAAACCCAAGCUAGUACCCCACCGACAUGUUCUCACAAGACACCUCCACCUACUCCGGUGACACAUUCCAUCCCUCAAGCGUCCACUUCCACUUGUAAAAGGAGGAAGAUGAUAGCACGAGCAUCACCUCUUGUGUCAAUAGACAUAGGAAAAAUAGCCCAGACGUCGAAUGCUUUCGAUGCUCUGAGCACUUUGAUUGAGGCUGAUAGUGUUCCCAUUAUAGGGAAAGACAACAGUCCACGAGUUUGACGAUGCUCCCCUAAAUAGGAAAUUACUAUUACUACUACUUUACCUUCGACCAGCCUCUCCCCAUCCACUAGACCUCCUAAACCUAUUACUUCUAUGACACCAACUAGUUCAACUUUACCCAUUACACCCGCUCUAGUCACCUGUCCUCCAUCACCUAUUCGCAAACCACUACCUAGCAUCGCACCCUCCCACACCACACCUUGCACAUCCUCUCAGCCCCCUACAUCACCUGAUGCGGUCCUUGAUAUGACCCCAACAGGCACCUCCCCAUCAGACUCCCCAUGCCUUUCUCCUUUUGACCCUCCUUCUCUUCCACCCCACCCUCUGGAUCCUCCUUUGACCACACCUCUAGAGACCUUGAUAGAGAGCGAUCCUCGACAAGGCUUGGAGACUGAUGACACUUCAGUGAGCCCUAAUAGGGGAGAAUGCUCGACAAAUCGUCGAGUCAUCUCCCUAUCAUCCUCAGGGGCGGACACUAGUGGGCACUCUACAUCAAGUGCUAAGGACUCUGGAUCUGAGACAUCAUCUUACUAUCCUACUGAGGGCUUCAACCCUAAGAGAGGGUACUAGACAGAGGUAGUCAAUAGAGCCUCACGACAACAUUCUCCCUACAUCACAAGGUCUAGGGCUCGUGGCAGUAGAUAGUGUACAUGAUACCCAGCCUUGUUUGGAACUGUCGAGGGUUGGACAACCUCGAAACACAAUCUCACAUUGUUGAACUCAUCAAUAAGUGCCGAUUAUGCCUAGUUGGGCUUAUUGAACCAAUGAUUCCAUCAAAUCAUAUUUAUCCAUUACUUAGACGCUUAGGUAUGGAUCACUUCCACUCUAACUCUACAAAUCACAUCUGGUUGUUUUGGAAGAGCCCUUACUCUCUACGGUUACUCAUUGAGGGGCCACAACAUGUCACAAUGAAGGUACUUGGCUCUAGCCAAGAGUUUACGUUCUCUGUUGUUUAUGCUUCACAUAGACACCAAGAUCAUGAGACUCUUUGGAAAGACCUAGUACGAUAUACACAGGAUUAUCCCAUACUAGUUGAUUCUCCUUGGUUCAUAGUUGGAGAUUUCAACUACAUAUGUAGAGUCACUGAACAUCAAGGAGGGUGGGUCCUUCGGGCCUGUUAUAUGGAGAUGUUCAAUGAUUUUAUUUUUUGCGCGGCCCUCAUCGAGCCUCCUACUUUUGGCGAGGUCUGGACAUGGUGCAAUGAGAGACAAAGAGGCACAAGGAUAUAUGCGCGCAUUGAUCGUUGCUUCACUAAUAACAUUACAUUAAUGCAAUGUCCCAUAUUAGUCACACUCUUACCCCACUAUAGGUCAGAUCACAUGCCAAUUCUUAUUCUCCCUAACUCGAGAGCUAGUUCCCCUAGACCUCCUUUUAGGUUUCAAAAUAUGUGGACUCAAGAUGAAAGCUUCCAAAGCUUCGUGUGUAGUCAUUGGCACGGAGAUAUCUCUAACUCUCCUAUGGAGAACCUCAGUUACAAACUAAGGAAUCUCAAACUCCACCUUAAAUGAUGGAACUGGCAUGUAUACGGAAACAUACACACCCAAGUGAAAGAUUUGAAGAAGGAACUAACAGAGGUCGAGAGGCAACUACAAGUUCAAUGGAGUGACAUUACUUGGGAGAGACGAGUUCGAGUGAAUGAGUAAUUAAUAGAGGCCACGCGACAACAGGAGAUAUACUAUCUCCAAAAAUCACGUAUCUAAUGGUUGUGUGAGGGUGAUAGGAACACAUGUUUCUUUCAUGCCUCGAUCACACAUCAAUCUCGAUCUGAUUAUACAUCUUUUCUAGAGGUGUAUGAUCAUGACACAUCCCGUAUGCAAGAGGCAGGAAUUGUGUACCCUCCUUUCCUCUCAGCCAAUUGAAAUCUCUGAAGAUAUCCUCUCAUCGAUUUCAUCUUUAGUCACCCACCAAGAGAUAAAGGACAUCAUGACCAUACCUACUAGAGAAGUGAUCCGAGAUGUAGUCUUCUCGAUAAGUAGGAACCGAGCACUUGGACCCAAUGGUUUCCCAAUUCAUUUUUAUACAUCAUGUUGGGACAUCGUUGGAACAGAUAUAGUACAUGCCGUCAAAGAAUUCUUCUGUCGCAAAGUCUUUCCACGGAGUUGGAAAGCCACCUUUAUUACCCUCAUCUCAAAGGUGACCAACCCAACUUCUUUUAGUGACUUUCGCCCCAUCAGUCUUUGUAAUGUAUGUUAUAAGAUUGUAUCUAAGAUCAUUACAGCAUGAUUGAAGACUUUCCUUGAUCGGCUCAUCUCUAAAGCAAUGCGGAUUUGUUAAGGGACGCCACAUUCACGAUAACAUCAUAUUAGUUCAUGAACUAACACAGUCCCUUGAUCAAGACAUUCGUGGUUCUAAUGUUAUCAUCAAACUAGACAUGGAAAAAGCUUUUCAUAGAAUCGAGUGGAAAUUCCUCACUGAAAUACUUCGACGCUUCGGAUUCACCGACAAGUUCAUCGACUUAGUUGAUGCAUGUGUUAAGGAGAAUCACUUCUCCCUACUGGUGAAUGGCACUUCCACCCCUUUCUUCACUAUCACACGAGGUUUACAAUAGGGUGAUUCAUUAUCACCCACUCUCUUCAUAUUAGUUGAAGAAGUCCUUAGUAGAACCCUCUCUCGAGCAGUAUCACGUGGACUUAUUCAACCAUAUCAUUCGAAGCGGGGUUACCCGAUCAUAUCGCAUUCCUUGUUUGUUGAUGAUGUUAUACUCUUCCUUAAUAGAUGUGAGGCAUCUAUUAAAGGACUCAUGACUAUUAUCUCGAGCUACGAGUGGGCCACAGGUCAACUCGUUAAUGUCUCGAAAAACAGUUUUAUGGUAGCAUCUUCUACCACCAUUAGCACCAUACACCGUAUACAAGAUAUAACAAGAUUCUCAUGUGGACGUUUACUUUUUGAUUAUCUUGGAUGUCUUAUCUUCCUUGGACACACUCGGAUUCAUUAUUUUGAUGCCCUUCUGUGCAAGUUGAGGAAGAAACUUGUCAGAUGGAAACUUCAGCUUCUAUCCUCAAGAGGUCGCAUCCAAUUGAUACGCCAUGUCCUCAUGAGUAUGCCAUUAUAUCUACUAGUAGUACAUGAGGUACCGGAUACCGUCCUACGAUCUGUGAGGCGGAUAUGUACCUCUUUUUUGUGGGAUGGCCAACUUGACGGACCUCAUCGCCAACGACGAGUUUCUUGAGAUAAAGCAUGCCGACCGACAGAAGAGGGUGGACUAGAGAUUAGACAUCCUAAAGACAUACUCGACAUGCUUCAGAAGAAACUCGUAUGACGGGUGAGGACAACGAGAUCAAUCUUAGGGACCUUUGUGUUUGCCAAAUAUGGCGACUGAGCUAACCAACCGACAAACAUAAAAGGAGGGAAGCGGUGGGCAGAUUGGUAGAGACAUUGGCUUCAAAUGAAGCCUUUAAUCCAGUGGCAUGUGGGACAAGGCACUAUCAGUGUCUGGUACGACACUUGACUUGUGGAUACCCCUUUGGCCUCUUUACCUCCUUCACGCUAUCUUGGCCCCCACUCACGGUGGGCCAACUUCUCGAGGGGGAUACUAAACUACUCAUCGAGCGGCAUGAACUCUCCCUAGUUUUAUUACUAGAGAUCUCGUUGAUAGAGCUAAGCCCUAGGGAUGAUGAGGCCAUUUGGACUCUCACCCAUGAUGGGAGUUUCUCUUGUAGUUCUUCUUGGAACUAUUUUAGAAAUCAUUCCUUAAAACAGGUUUGGGAAAUCUUCUUUGACAUCAUGCUAUCAUACCUCGAGUCUCUUUCUUUAUGUGGAAACAAAUGCACUGAGGACUCCCUACUAAUGAUCGUAUGGCCAUCACUAGACACCACAUAUGUUUUAGGUGUCAUUGUUGCCACACCACUUUAAGAAACAAAACUAUAGAUCACUUAUUUUUCCAUAGUGUCGUUGCUAUGGAAUGUUGGAACCAACUCUUUAGGAAUUGGUCACCUGCAUUUCAUCAUCCUCCAUCUCUCACACCCUUAGAGAUCUUCAAGAGAGUCUUUGAUUCACCGUAGAGCUCUAGGGGUAGCCCUUACCUACGUAUUUCCAUAGCAUACAUGUUAUGGGAGAUAUGGAAGGGACAAAAUCUCUCUCGUUUUGUAGACCGGCCGAUGCGUGCCUUAGAGAUUAUGAGGCACGUCACAUAAUGGCUGCGGAGUGCCCAUCCUCUAAUGUUGCCUAUCGCGACAUGCUCGGCCUUUAUCUGUGAGGCACUCAAGACUUGGGGAAUUCCAGCCUUAUGGACCUAUACACAGAUCACUAUGCGGACUGUCUAUUAGAGACCACCGCCGAUAGGACACCUGAAGCUCAAUGUGGACAAGGCAGCACGUGAGAACCCUAAACCUACAGGGGGAGGAGGCAUCUUACGAGACAAUACAGGGAGUAUUAUCUUUGCCUUUUUCUCACUAUUACGACGUUCAGACUAA